UUUAGUCUCUGCGGCACCUUACAAGCUGAGCCGCUUCAGUGUGUGUGUCAGUAUGUUUGUGUGUGUUCAUGCGUCGCAGGGGGCAGGCUUUGCCUCUCCAUCACGCUUCCCAACCCCUCACCCUCUUUGCCCGAGUCCCCAGCUUCUUCUCCCAGCGCUGCAGCUCAUGCACACGGGGUUCUUCCGGAGGUGGGCGGGACCUGUUUCGCUGCAGAGGGAUGCUCCGCAGCUCCACGCUGGACCAACCGCUGUGGAAAUCCCUGCAGUCAGGCACGUAGCAGUAGCUUACACACUGACAAUCACAAGCGUGCGCAGACUGCAAUCAAGCACCCUCAAGCUCCCAGCAUCUGUGCUACAUUUCUGCUCUCUUUCCUCUGCUCCUCCUCCUCCUCGUGUGGCUCUCCGUCCUCCGCAGCUCUGACUCACUCAGUGCUUAUUUUUCCAUCCACACUAAGCCGAACCACACAACCUGGAAUCAUGUCCUCCAACCUGCCCCCCGGGACUGCAGCUGGGGCCAAAAGCAAGCCGUUGUCCCCAUUCAGGAAGCGGGGCAGCCUGCAGUACACGGCCAGCACAGUUGAUCUCCGCGGUGCACGCCACCUCCUCACUACCCAGCAUUCCUUGCCUGGGAUCCCUGUGGCCUUGAAACAAUCCAUUGACCUACGUACAUCCAUGGAUGGGAAGUACAAGGAGAUUGCUGAAGAGCUGUUCUCUCGCACGCUGGCGGAGAGUGAGAUGCGCAGCGCCCCAUAUGAAUUUCCUGAGGACAGCCCAAUCGAACAACUGGAGGAGAGGCGUCAACGCCUCGAGCGACAGAUCAGCCAGGAUGUCAAUCUCUCUGUGCUCAGGUUUGAACCCGACAUCCUCCUCCGAGCCAAACAGGAGUUCAUGAAGACUGACAGUGCUACAGAUCUGGAAUACAUGAAGGAACAGAGCGAAGCUCCGGACUUUCAGGAGAGAGAGCUGGUUCCAGAGAGAGAGUACCAGAGGGUCUCAAUAUCUGGAGAGGAGAAAUGUGGGGUUCCCUUCACAGAUCUGUUGGAUGCUGCUAAAUGUGUGGUGAAGGCUCUAUUCAUCAGACAGAAGUAUAUGGGUCUGUCACUGCAGAGUUUCUGCAGAACUACCGCUCGAUAUCUGCAAGAUCUGAGUGAGAGACCUCUGGACCUGGAAGUCUAUGAAGAGGAGGACGAGAUCCCAGAGACCACAGCUGCUGAUGCCACAGAGCACCCACCUGUUUCUGAAACGCACCCAUAUGAGAACCAGGACCCUUCCAGCAUGCCCCCCGACAUGGGUUACGGCUGCAAGAUGGUAGAUGGUGUCAUGCAUGUGUACACGACAAGGAACAUUAUGGAGAAGAGCACAGAGUUGGAGCUGCCGUAUCCAGAUCUGCAGGAGUAUAUUGCUGAUAUGAACGUCAUGAUGGCUCUCAUUAUCAAUGGACCAGUAAAGUCCUUCUGCUACCGACGUUUGCAGUAUCUUAGCUCAAAGUUCCAGAUGCACAUCCUGCUGAAUGAGAUGAAAGAGCUGGCGGCACAGAAAAAAGUCCCACAUCGCGACUUUUACAAUAUCCGUAAGGUUGACACACACAUACAUGCCUCUUCCUGUAUGAACCAGAAGCACCUGCUGCGAUUUAUAAAGAGGGCCAUGAAGAAGUAUCCUAAAGAGAUAGUUCAUGUGGAAAGAGGAAAGGGUCAGACGCUCAUGGAAGUGUUCGAGAGCAUGAAUCUGACAGCCUUUGACCUGAGUGUGGACACUCUGGACAUGCAUGCAGACCGAAACACUUUUCAUCGCUUUGACAAGUUCAAUGCCAAAUACAAUCCCAUCGGAGAGUCCAUCCUGAGAGAGAUCUUCAUCAAAACAGACAACCACAUCGAGGGAAAAUACUUUGGUCACAUUAUUAAGGAAGUGAUGGCUGACCUGGAGGAGAGUAAGUACCAGAACGUUGAGCUCAGACUGUCCAUCUACGGCCGCUCCAGAGAUGAGUGGGACAAACUGGCCAAGUGGGCUGUCAAACAUCACGUCUACUCCACUAAUGUGCGCUGGCUGGUGCAAGUGCCUCGACUAUUUGACGUCUACCACACAAAGAAACAGCUGUCCAACUUCCAAGAGAUGCUGGAGAAUGUUUUCAUGCCUCUGUUCGAGGUCACAGUCGACCCCAGCAGCCACCCAGAGCUUCACCUCUUCCUCCAGCAUGUUGUGGGUUUCGACAGUGUGGAUGACGAGUCAAAACCAGAGCAACAUAUCUUUAAUUUGGACAGUCCGCUGCCGGUGAACUGGACAGAGGAGGACAACCCGCCCUAUUCAUACUACCUCUACUACAUGUAUGCAAACAUGACGGUGCUGAAUCACCUGCGUAGGCAGCGAGGGUUUCCCACGCUCGUCCUGCGUCCUCACUGUGGGGAGGCGGGUCCAAUCCAUCACCUGGUGUCUGGUUUCAUGCUGUCAGAGAACAUCUCUCAUGGCCUGCUGCUCAGAAAGGCUCCUGUGUUGCAGUAUUUGUACUACCUGGCUCAGAUCGGUAUCGCCAUGUCACCUCUCAGCAAUAACAGCCUGUUCCUCAGCUACCACCGUAACCCUCUGCCAGAGUACCUGUCCAGAGGCCUCAUGGUCUCUCUGUCCACAGAUGACCCUUUGCAGUUUCACUUCACUAAGGAGCCGUUGAUGGAGGAGUACAGCAUUGCUGCUCAGGUGUGGAAACUCAGCUCCUGUGACAUGUGUGAGCUGGCCAGAAACAGUGUGCUGAUGAGCGGAUUCUCUCAUAAGGUUAAGAGCUCCUGGCUUGGCUCAUUUUACGUCGAGGAGGGUCAAGAGAGUAACGACAUCAGACGCACAAACGUUCCUGACAUCCGUGUGGCGUACCGUUAUGAGACCAUGUGUGAGGAGUUGAAUUUGAUCACACAGGCCAUCCGCACAGAUGAGUUGGAGACCACUGAGGAGGAGGGGAGUCUGUGUAUGGGAACUGUGCAGGGAGAGAAGUGAAAAUGCUCUGACACACUACAGUACAUUCUCUGUUUGCACAUUGGACUUUGUACAGAUUUUCAAAUCAACAUAUCACAGCUGUGAGGAGAGGGAAGCUUUGUUACGAGAUGAUUAUGAGAGUUGGUAAUGUGGCGGUAUGAGAGAGGACCUACAAUCUGUGUACCUAAAGUGUUUACUUCCUCUAGUCACGCUUAGUCAUUCUGUGUUUCAUUUGUCAUGGUGAUUUCACAAUGUGUCUUGGUCUAUUUAUUUUAAAGUAUUAUAUUUUUAUGCCUCAUGACUACAUUUUGUCAGAGUUUCUGUCCAAAAACUGCAUAUCCUGUACCAAGCUCUAACCAGCACAGAGAUCCAAGAUUAGACACAUCAAUAAAACGUAUCAAUGGAUCAAACACUUACCGAUGACAGGAAGAAAAAUGAUCUGGAACUAUUUCAAAAUAAAUAACCUUGAAGUACCUACA